CUACCUACUAACCUCCAUUGCAACAUGGCUGCAGUUCAAGCAGAGGUCGUUACCAAAGAAGUCUUCGAUUUGUAUAGAAAAUACGGAGAUCAAGAUUACAUCGGUGAGCCAGUAUCUCAAAAAGAACAUAUGAUUCAGUGUGCCAUGCUUGCCGAAAAGGAAGGGUAUUCGGACGAGGUAGUGUUAGGGGUUUUCCUUCACGAUAUUGGUCAUCUGAUCGGCUUCCACAAAGCUCUUCCUUGCAUGGGAGACGUUGGAACUCAAGCUCACGAAAUCGUCGGGGAACAGUUUCUGAAAGAUCUCGGAUUCCCAGCCAGUGUGACAAGUUUUGUUCGGGGUCAUGUUGACGCCAAAAGAUAUCUCGUCUACAAAUACCCACAUUAUCACUCUGAGGUACAAAAUCAGAUGGUCUAUUUUAGACCGUGCUUGGCAGUCAGAAAUAUUCAUCGAAUUCUUGCAGAAAUUUCCUAUAAACUUAUUGAGUAUGUUCAAUGUUUAUUUAGAAAUGCUAAGCGACUUUAAGAAUUAUUUACGGGUUCUUAAUGGGCAAAUAUUCCGAACUUGUGCAUGCCCUAAAAUCGUUCAGUCGUCGACCCUUAGAAAUUCUACGCUCCUGAACAGAAAACGGUCUCAAGUUGAAACAAUGUUUCCAUUAAAAAACCCAAAAAUAACUUUAAAAGAUCCUUUCAGUGGAAAUCCUGCAAAAAUUUUAGACUGCACGGCAUGUAGUCCAUUUACGACCCAGUCUCUGCUGCCGUAGUUUUGUUCGUCACGCAAUAAGCCCUCUCUCCCCUCCCUGGUGGGGGAGAGAGCGCGCUGUGUGACGAGACCAAACGGUGGUGCUGCGGAAAAGUCUACCUCCGUCUUGUAUUUAAAGGAUUAUCUCCAUAUUCUGUUCAUCAGCUGUCCGAGGCAAGUAAACUCACGCUGAUCUAUCAAGGAGGACCAAUGAAAGCAGACGAAGCUCAGAAGUUUGAGGAGCUGAAACAUUUUGAGGCUUUGAUCAAGAUGAGAAAUUGGGACGAUCUUGGCAAAGUAAAAGGCGCACCCAUUGACUCACUUGAUAAAUAUGAGAAGAUGUGUAAAAAGCUCUUGGGAACAGUUUUCAUUGAAUAAUCGAUAAUAAAUCAUUACUUAAUUUUGAGGAGGUACGUACCAUUUUCCCGAAACUUUGUCUAAUACUGAUCUUUAUAUACGUGACAACAAAGUCGAUACAAUCGGGAAGGAGCGUUUCUAUGGUUUUUACACGAAAAUUAUUGAAACAAAUCCCUCGCGAAAAAGAUUUUCCAUUGGGUUGAAAAUGUUAUAAAACGAUUGGUUCAUAAGUCAGCUGUGCGUUCAUCGAGAUAUGAAGC